AUGUCUAAGAGAAGAUCAGACCAAUCCGAUGAAUCAUUUUCUCGCAAUGUUCCUGAAUACAAUGAUGAGUUUGGAACCAAGAAAAAAAAAUACAAACAUAAACAACAUGGAUUCGUAUCUGCAUUUCUCUAUGACAAGCGCAUGCACAAGUUUAUUUUUGAAUCACGUGGUAAAAAUAACACUCAAUACAAAUCAAAAGUCUCACCGAUUGGUGGUAAGCGAGAUAUGUAUUUUUACAUCUCCAAGGAAACCAUGUCUAGGCUAGAGAAGAUGGACAGAACUCUCUUGGAGAUUGAUGGACAGGAGAUUAAGAAAUCUUUGAUGCUUCCUGAUGGGUUCGAUCUUAACAAAAAGAUCAGUUCAAAGAUUUGGAAAGGAGAUUAUGAUGAUAAAACCAUUAAUAUGAUCGUAAAAGAUGAAAAUGAUCUCAAGAUGAUUUACACCCAGGAAUGCAUCUUCGUGGCCAUGAAACGUGAGAUCUCUGAGGAGACCGGGUUAGAUUUGGAUAAGAUCCCAUGUGAUCUAAAAUAUCUUGGCUAUGAUAAAAAGAUUCUGGCAACCGAUGGGAUAAUCACUCAUGUGUUUCUCGUGAUUUUUGAUAGCUACGAUUUUGUACCAUAUUCGAGAGAGACGGACAAAGGAAAUUCCUUAAUCGCUAUGAGCCCAAAUGAAAUCAUCAAGAGGAUAGGAGAGGAUGAAAAAACGAAAGAUAUGAAUGAAAAAUAUUUCACCCCGACUAUUCACAAUGUUUUUGAAGAAGUAAACAGACAUUGUGAACCAAUUCAACAGGAGAUGAUCCUCUUUGGAGGGCCAAACUCAGGCCUCUCGUACGGGGUUCAAAAAUGCGUAGAAUUCUUCUCUGAGAUCGGAUUGGAGGUCUCAAGCACUCUCACGAUUCCAGAAUCCUAUCGUGAGCGUAAAGGUCUCAAUGAUGGCCACCUAUCGAUCAGAAAUCUUUUUCCUACACAUUUCAUAAAAGAAAAUGACAAGGUGAUGCGCCAGACACGAGUCAUGCUCGCGUACGAUGCUCUUGGAAAGUUGCUACAUGGUGAGACUGAAUCUGAUGUUGGAAAUACACCUGUGGUGAUCAGUGAGAGAAGCACACGCUGCGUGAACAUGUUCAAUAUCGCUCAUGAGAUUCCAAAGUUCCCAUUGGACCAUCUGAUGAAACCAUGUGAUCCAAAUCGAUUGGAUAUCCAUGUAUCUCCGCUGAAUAAUGAUCUGGCCUUCUCACGAGCUAUUGAACGGAGGUACUACUCAUCUGGUGACCAGGAAGUGUACCAGAAAACCUACGAGAUCUAUGAUAAGUUUUCGCAUCUCGAAUACCCAAAUCGAGUGAUCGCGGAGAACGAUCUUGGAAAUGAAUCUGAAAACUUCUUUGUGAACAAUCUCACAAGGGCUAUAGAAGAUCACGAGUCAUUUGGCAAACUUGUAAAACACGCAAGAACAUACGCAAAAAAUCUCUUACGAACCACUGUAGAAAAGAUUAUUUAG